AUGCUGGAGGGCAGCUCGACCCAGGAGCGCGAAACGGAGGAGGACGGGGCGGCAGCUGUAUCUGCGCCGCCUGCUAUCGACUUCCUCGCCGAGGGCUCGGAUCCCAAGUAUGACGAGUCGGACGUGCCAGCAGAACUCCAAGUAUUAAAAGGAUCCCUCCAACAGCCAACAUUCCCGUUUGCAGUUGCAAACCAACUGUUGCUGGUCUCUCUCCUGGAACACUUGAGCCAUGUGCAUGAGCCAAACCCAGUUCGCUCAAGACAGGUGUUUAAAUUACUCUGUCAGACCUUCAUCAAGAUGGGGCUGUUGUCUUCCUUCACCUGUAGCGAUGAGUUCAGCUCCCUGAGGCUGCAUCACAACAGAGCUAUUACUCAGUUAAUGCGGUCCGCUAAAGAGAGAGUUUGGCAGGAUCCUUGUGAGGAGAGUUCUCAUACCCAGAAAAUCAGAUCAAGGGAAGUAGCCUUUGAAACACAAACUUCACGCUACUUGAAUGAAUUUGAGGAGAUUGCCAUCUUAGGAAAAGGAGGCUAUGGAAGAGUGUACAAGGUCAGAAAUAAAUUAGAUGGCCAAUAUUAUGCAAUUAAAAAAAUCCUGAUUAAGGAUGCAACUAAAACAGAUUGCAUGAAGGUACUACGGGAAGUCAAGGUACUGGCAGGUCUGCAGCACCCUAACAUUGUAGGCUACCACACUGCUUGGAUAGAGCACGUGCAUGUGGCCCAGCCCCAAGGUGAGCAGGUUGCUAUUCAUUUGCCCUCUCUGGAAGCUCUCUCCGAAAGGUAUGUGGACUGAGAUGAGUACGGGAUUAGACAUGAUGACAGUAGCAGCUCAUCCAUCGUCUUUGCUGAGCUUACUUCCGGCAAAGACAACGCAUUUGGAGGAGCUGGCUUUGAGAAUCAAGAAAACAGAUUGGUGAACUACGUCACCAGUAUAGUCACAAAUGCCCGUGAAUUUGAAUCAUCUGCUGAGCUACAAGAAAAUGGAUUGUCAAGUGGUGACCAUCAGCUGCCGCUAUGGCGUCACUCAGACUUGGAGGAGAAUUUCACAUCCACCAAUGAGUCUUCUGAAGAAAACUUCAGCUUGUUUGGGCAGACAGAGGUGCAGUACCACCUGAUGCUGCACAUGCAGAUGCAGCUGUGUGAGCUCUCGCUGUGGGACUGGAUCACUGAGCGGAACAGGAGGAGCCGAGAGUGCGUGGACACGUCGUCUUGUCCUUAUGUUAUGGUCAGUGUUGCAACAAAAAUUUUCCAAGAAGUGGUGGAAGGUGUGUGUUACAUACAUAACAUGGGGAUCAUGCACCGGGAUCUCAAGCCCAGAAAUAUUUUUCUUCAUGGUCCUGAUCAGCAAGUAAAAAUAGGAGACUUUGGUCUGGCCUGCACAGACAUCCUACAGAAAAACUCAGACUGGAAUAAUGGAAAUGGAAAAAGAAUGCCAGCGCACACUUCCAGGGUGGGCACUUCCUUGUACGCAUCCCCUGAGCAGCUGGAAGGCUCCGAGUACGAUGCCAAGUCAGACAUGUAUAGCCUGGGUGUCAUUCUGCUGGAGCUCUUCCAGCCAUUUGGAACAGAAAUGGAGCGCACCCAAGUCUUAAUGGGCUUACGAACUGGCCAGAUACCUGAAUCGCUCAGUCAAAGGUGUCCAGUUCAAGUCAAGUAUAUCCAGCAGUUAACCAGAAAGAACUCAUCCCAGAGACCUUCUGCCGCCGAGCUACUGCAGAGUGAACUUUUCCAGAAUUCUGGAAAUAUGACUCUUACCCUACAGAUGAAGGUACUGGAGCAAGAAAAAGAAAUUGAAGCACUCAAAAAACAGCUGAGCCUCCUCUCUCAGGACAAGAGAGUUAAGGAUGACAUGAAAGUUGGAAGUGUCCCUCUCUAG